UGCGGGGAGCUUCCGGGUUUCCUGGGCUACUACGAUGGCGAUGAGUUUCGAGUGGCCGUGGCAGUAUCGCUUCCCGCCCUUCUUUACGUUACAGCCGAACGUGGACACUCGGCAGAAGCAGCUGGCCGCCUGGUGCUCGCUGGUCCUGUCCUUCUGCCGCCUACACAAACAAUCCAGCAUGACGGUGAUGGAAGCUCAGGAGAGCCCUCUCUUCAACAACGUCAAGCUGCAGCGGAAACUUCCUGUGGAAUCAAUCCAGAUUGUAUUAGAGGAACUGAGGAAGAAAGGGAACCUCGAGUGGUUGGAUAAGAGCAAGUCUAGCUUCCUGAUCAUGUGGCGGAGGCCAGAAGAAUGGGGGAAACUCAUCUAUCAGUGGGUUUCUAGGAGUGGCCAGAACAACUCCGUGUUUACCCUGUAUGAACUGACUAAUGGGGAAGAUACAGAGGAUGAGGAGUUCCAUGGCCUGGAUGAGGCAACCCUACUACGGGCUCUGCAGGUCCUACAGCAGGAGCACAAGGCCGAGAUCAUCACCGUCAGCGAUGGCCGAGGUGUCAAGUUCUUCUAGCAGAGACCUGUCUCCCUUUACUUCUUACCUUCCACCUUUCCAGGGCUUUCAAAAGGAGACAGACCCAGUGUCCCUAUGGACUGGAUCUGUGACUCCACCAGACUCAAAAGGGCUCCAGUCCUGAAGGCUGGGACCCAAUGAUGGGUUUGUCACAUGUCACAUGUGUCUGUCCAUGGGACAGGGUGAGGCCAAGGCGCCAGGGAGAAAAGACGUGCUUCUUCUUGCCCUACCUCCGCUCCCAUCCUAGACUGUCCCUGGGCCAAGGUCUGUACAUCUAACACUUGACAUGUGCUCACACAUGCACCUGCACAUGCUUCUGUCUCCUCCCCCUCGCACCCCCAUAGCUGCUAUUGCCUCCCUUCUCAGGCUGGUGCUGGAUCCUUCCUAGGGGAUGGGGGAAGCCCUGGCUGCAGGCAGCCUUCCAGGCACUAUGAAGAUAGGAGGCCUGCAGGCCUGGCAGUGAGGCAGGGCCCAACACUGAUUUACAAUAUUAAAAUCUUGACUACCA